AUGUCAUAUUCAUCUCAAGCACCACCUUAUUAUUCUUCUACUCCAAUGAGAAAUGAAAAUGUUCCUAAUGUUGGACUUGAUAAAUUUCCUGAUUUUUCUACACAAGCGGCUCUUGGUGGCAUGAGCGGUGGUCAUGGAGCCACUCCAAAUGCAGAGGAUUCAACUCAUGUAGGAGGAAAUAGUGGAUCUGUAGGUAGUGGAUCUAAGAGAGCCCACGAGAGUGAUGCAAGUGAUUCCAACUCUGUAGAAUCUAGUGCUCGCCCAAUGGGGAGGGAUGCAACAAAAAAAAGGCUAAGUUCAAAGGAGCAUCUUGAUGACCGGAGCAAAGAGUUGUUGCAAAAGUUGGAUCGCAAUCUGUUUGGAAAUUAA